GCAUGCCCAAGAAAAUUGUUUUAUUUUUGGACACAAAGACUAUAUUUGAAUUUGUACUUUAAACAAUCCAAAUGGAGUAAAUAGCAUAUCACUCGGGGGGAAGCAAAUAUAGAAUGAGAGUCCACCUAAUAAAUUCAUCCCAAAACGGCUCUUCUCCCCUUCUCCGGUUACCCCUUCCGCCAAAACCCCCUCCCUUAAAUCACUCCAAACGCAUUCGCCAUUUCUGCACAAUCCACAGGUUUUCCAUUAAUAUUGAUUCGUAGCAGAGAAGAAGAAGAAGAAGAAGAAGAUCAAUCGGAUGGGCCACAAGAGGGGUUCUUAUUCUUCUUCGUCUUCUUCCGUGAACAAGCUGUUCUCAUGGGCGAGGAAGCAGUCGAUGAAGGUGAAGCUCUUCCUGGGCCUGAUCACGGCGCUGGCGGCGCUUCUGGCUCUCAGCCGCUCCGUCAAGGACCGCAACCAGUUCUUCGUCGCCGCUGAAGCCAUCCAUUUCGCCGGAAUUUUGGUCUUGAUUUACAAACUCAUCCGCAAGAAGUCCUGCUCCGGGCUAUCACUCAGGUCUCAGGAGCUCACAGCUCUAUUUUUAGCUAUAAGAUUGUACUGCAGCUUUAUCAUGGAAGCUGAUAUACACACCCUGCUAGAUUUCGUCACGCUUUUGUCAACUCUAUGGGUUAUGUACAUGAUCAGAUUUAAGCUGAAAUAUACCUACAUGGCGGAGCUUGACAAAACGCCCUUAUAUUAUAUAAUUGUGCCUGCUGCAGUUCUAGCUGUUCUUGUGCAUCCAUACUCUCAUCUCAAUGUAAACAUCCAUAGAGUGGCAUGGGCAUUUUGUGUGUACUUGGAAUCCGUUGCAGUGCUACCUCAGCUUCACAUGAUGCAAAAGGCUAAGCUGAUAGAACCAUUCACAGCCCAUUAUGUGUUUGCGUUGGGGGUUGCGAGAUUCCUUGAAUGUGCUCAUUGGAUCAUUCAGAUAUACGAAUCGGGCGGGAAAUAUUUGUAUCUAGCUGGAAGUGGAUAUCUCUGGGUACCUGCUAUUUAUGCAGCAGAAAUGGUCCAAACCUUCAUUUUAGCGGAUUUUUGCUAUUAUUAUGUCAAGAGUGUCAUGAGCGGCAAACUACUCGAGACCCUCCAAUCACCGGUCUAAAGUUGUAUCUUGAUUCUUUAAGAGUUAACAAUUGUAACAUUUAUCGGUGUUUUAAGGUAUACAUACAAACAUGGUUAUUAAAUUAUUCGAAGAAUGUUAUGUGCGCUCCCAUCUUAAAAGUUUGAAACAACGAAUCAUGAUGAGCAUGUUUAGAAAUAGCGUUAGCCUUUUGAAAAGGCUAUCUACGCGCAGCGUUUAGCAUUUUCAAAGUAAUUCGCACCGUUAAAUUUUUAUCCAAAACGCUAACGCUAAUCACUAACGCAUUUCCAAACAGACCCGAUAUCUCUAGAUUUUAGCACCUGCAUUGGGUAUCAUAUCCGACCAUUUGAGAGUUUUACAGUGGUACUAUUGAAUUUCAAAGUGAAUCUUAUCCCCCUAAUCCUCGCACCACUAUACUCUUAAAAUUGUCAAAAUGCCAGUGUUUCAAAAACUGCUAAAAUAUUAUUAUGGUACUGUAGUAUUUCAUCGAUUGAUUUCAUAAAGCUAAGGUUAGGGG